AUGGCCACCAACGCACGCUUGCUUCUUGAUCCCAAGGCCAUCAAAAAGGCCGCAAAGUCAACAGGUAAGGACCUUUGCUUCACUCCUCAUAUCUGGGACACUCGCAAAUCAAAGCAUCGGGAACAAGUAUCUUCCUUUGGCCUAAUCACCUCUCUGACCUCUGUUCUCAUUUCAGACAAACCUCGAUCGAAUGGUCUUGGGCCUUCAGAGAAUUCUUCCAAUGCCGGUCACACGGAUUCCCUGCCUUCCUCUAGAGCAGCUUCACCUUCAACUUCAUCCUCACAACUUGGUCGAAGUCCAUCAAGACCGGCACCAUACUAUGAUCAUAGAACUCUCCUAAGCCCUCGAGCAUCAUUGAAAACGUCUGCAGCGUCCAGUUUGAAGUCUAAUCCCUCCGGUAGUAUGGUUCAGGUCAAGCCUCCGUCUACAAAUAUGGAUCCCACUUCAUCAUCUGAGAAAGCACUUCUUGAGAGAAACGGCUCCAGAUAUAUGCUUGAGGGUAUCUACGGGGUCGAGUCUCGUGGUGAAAAUCCCCGGAAAAAGGUCAAAUUGAGCACUGAAAAUGAUCCGCUACGCCCUCACCAAAAGGGUGCCUCCGCGCACCACACCAGCAAUGGAAUAGUUGGGGAGUAUAUGCGACCAGAUCCAGAAAAGGCUGCCGAAGCUACCAGGAGCAACAUGGUCGAUCUCACCAACGAUGACGAUGAACCGGAUGACGAACUCCAGAUCGUUUCAUCACGCACAGUCGGCGAUCAAGAGGUCUGCUAUGGCCAAUUUGUCACCAAUGCUUACGCUUAUCUAGUCCCAAAGCCCAAGUCCGAAUCGGUGUUCCAUCGACAAAAUGAAUGGCCGGUGAUCAAAUGCAAUCUCGUCCGAAAGCCUUCCAAAGAUACUGUCAUCGAGGUGGUAGAUCCCUGGGACCAGGCCUUUGCUAAAGUGAACCCGGAUUUGGCAGCCGCAUUAGCUCCAGCCCUAGAUGGAUUGAAGGGCCUGAGAAGUCAGGCAAGACUGCUGAAUCGUCGCAAGAAGCCAGAUGAAUGGCCACAUCAACCGUGCUCUGACCAGCUCAAAAUGAUUGUGAAUCUCUACGGCCGCCGAGGUGACGUUGAAAAAAUAGGAAAGCAUUUUGGGCAGCAUAACUUUUGGUUUCGUCCGCCAAUGGUAUCCGAGCCUGGUAUACCAAUUGUCAACCCGCAUGCGCAGAGGCACAUCCUCCCUCAGUUUCCACGCGAUCCCGCUCAAGGACGGGUUCUUUCCGACAGUCGAACCCUAGAAGAGGCUACAGAAGCGGUGUCCAAAAUCUUUGACUCUUUCGCAAACUCAGCCCUAGCUCUUCAUGAGACGGACUCACCGUCGGCCAUUAUAACUACACCACUCUUGACUCAUCAAAAGCAAGCGCUGACUUUUCUCCUCAAACAUGAACAGCCAAGAACUUUCGGAACGGCAGAGUCAGAGAACUCUUCCCUGUGGCGACGCAAGCGACGAACGACUGGAGAAGUGAUUUAUCGCGAGGUUGUCGCCGGUAUUUCGGUGAAAGAGGAGCCAGAACAGGUCCUUGGUGGGCUUCUUGCCGACGUCAUGGGUUUGGGGAAGACUCUCGAAGCGCUUUCAUUAGUGGCGAACACGAUGGAAGAAUCUGAAAAGUUCUCCCAGGCCCAAGUUGACCGUCACGACCAAACAACGGUUGUGGCCAAUAGCAAGGCAACAUUGAUCGUCUGCCCCACCAGCACUGUGAAGAACUGGGAGGACCAGAUCGCGCAGCAUGUCAAACCUGGGACUAUGACUUAUCAUGUCUAUCACGGGCCGAGUCGAGAGAAAAACCCUUACAGCUUACUGAACUACGAUAUGGUCAUUGCCACAUACGGUGUCGUUGCCUCCGAAUUUUCCGGCAGAAGUUCCGUGAAAGUCAGUCCUCUGAAGCAACUGAAAUGGUUUCGAGUCAUUCUCGACGAAGCCCACACAAUUCGAGAACACAGAGCUCUCCAGUCUCAAGCAAUGUACAGCCUUGAGGCGGAGCGUAGAUGGUGCCUGACCGGUACACCUAUCCAGAAUCGAUUAGACGAUCUCGGAUCACUGACCAGAUUUCUUCGACUCUAUCCUUACGACACUCCGGCACGAUUCAAUCAAUACAUAAGAGGGCCAGCUCAAGCGGGCGAUUCGAGCUUUCUGAAGCUCUUGCGAGUCUUUGUUGACUCAUUCACAUUACGUCGACUAAGAGACCAGAUCGAUCUACCCAAGAAGGUGGAUCUGGUCGACCACCUGACAUUCUCGCCCGCCGAGAAAAAACUACAUGACUUUUUCAAAGAUCUGGCCCAUGUCAAAAUUCAAGAGCUGGCAAGCACCAAAGAGAAGAACAGCGGGGUCCAACAUCAUGUUCUUCGCGGGAUUAUGACGUUGAGGUUGAUUUCUGCUCAUGGACGAGAAUUGCUGAAUGACAAAGAUUUAGAAAAACUCAAGGGGAUCAGCGCAACUGACGCCAUUGACCUUGAUGAAGAGAAUGACCUUCCGACCAUUUCAAAAGCUGCUGCAUAUGAGUCGUUGAGCCUCCUGACUGAAGCUGGGCUGGAUAUGUGCCGAAACUGUGCGAAGAAGAUCAACACCGACAGUGCCCACGCUGAAUCGGAAUGCGAAGAGCACCGUUGCUAUGUCCUCCCGUGUUUCGACCUUGUCUGUGCUGACUGUUUCGAGCAGGCGAAGGUCCUAUUUGAUAGUACGACAGACAAAGAGCCGAUUCAGUGUCCGUUUUGUUCGGCACAGAUCGCUGCGCAGUAUGUUGGAUUUACUGGAUCCACUGCUCAAGAGAUUUACGAAGCCCCGGACGACAACAUUGCACGGAGAGAAGGGAGCAAAGAAGCUCGAGUUUACGGAGGACCCCAUACGAAAACAAAAGCUCUACUUCAAGACAUUGCAGAGAUGAACAAGGAGAGCGAGGCGUUGGAAGCGGCCGGGGAACCACCGCUGAAGGGCGUCAUCUUUUCUGAGUUCACCUCCCAUCUCGAUCUCAUCGAAAGAGCACUCAACGAUAACGGCCACUCGUUUGUGCGAAUUGAUGGUACCAUGUCCCUUAACAACCGCAAGAAAUCACUGGAUGCACUUGCCACGGAUGACAGUGUCAAGAUCCUCCUGGCAUCAAUCAAAGCAGCCGGUCAAGGGCUCAAUCUUACAGCGGCUUCCCGGGCCUUUAUCAUGGAACCAAUGUGGAACCCUGCAGCAGAGAUACAGGCAGUAGACCGAAUCUACCGUAUCGGCCAGAAGCGUCCUGUACUUGUCAAGCGAUAUCAAAUGAUUGACAGCAUUGAGAAGAAGAUUGUGGAACUCCAGAAGCGGAAGCAACAGCUUGCAGAUGUCUCCAUGAACCAAAAUCACAAGCAAUUGAGCAAGCAAGAAAUUCGAGAGCAACAUAUGAAGGAGAUUCAGGCGCUAUUCAAAUGA